UGAGCCACUUGAGCCUGGAGCAGAUGGAAAGACUGUAGUUAAAGGAAAGUAAGCAAGCAGCAGAGAUAGCAAGAACUGGCAGAGGCCAUGCAGAGAGUGAGGCAGCCCAGCGACAAUGCUUGGUAAACUGAAACACUGAACGCCAGAAAGUCUUUCUUCCCAUUUAAGCCACCUGAGAAGGAAUCAGACAGGACAACACUGACGGGAAACGUCAGCUCAUCCCACCAGCUGAGCGUGUGCAGAGCAAAGACAAGGUUAGAGACGAGGAGAAGGAGAAGAGCUCUACAGAUGAGAGUAAAAGCUGAGAGGUAGACGGAGGUCAUCAGAAGGACCAGGAAAAGGAUUGCUAGAGCUGUGUCCUCAAAGACUGCUUAAAGAAGAGGUGACACAGCAGCCAACAGAACAAACUGUUGCAAGAAAAGCAGAAAGUAAAGGAGCAAGGGAAGACAGAGCUAGGUAAGGAUGGCCAACUCGGGUCUCCAGUUAUUGGGUUAUUUCUUGGCUUUGGGAGGCUGGAUCGGCAUCAUUUCUACCACCGCCUUGCCCCAGUGGAAGCAGUCGUCGUAUGCUGGGGAUGCCAUCAUCACAGCCGUGGGUCUGUAUGAGGGGCUGUGGAUGAGCUGUGCCUCGCAGAGUACUGGACAGGUGCAGUGCAAGAUCUUUGACUCCAUGCUCUCGUUGGACAUCCACAUUCAGACAUGUCGGGCCCUCAUGGUAGUGUCAGUACUGCUGGGUUUUAUCGGGAUCAUCGUCAGCGUUGUGGGUAUGAAGUGCACUAAGGUGGGAGAUAACAACCCAGCCACCAAAACCCGCAUUGCUGUCACGGGAGGGGCUCUCUUCGUACUUGCAGGUGUGUGUACGCUGGUGUCUGUGUCUUGGUAUGGCACUCAGGUGUCCUACCAGUUCUUCAAUCCAAACACACCGCCUAACGCCAGGUAUGAGUUCGGCUCUGCCCUGUUCGUGGGCUGGGCAGCAGCCAGUCUGAUCAUUCUGGGUGGCUCCUUGCUGUGCUGCUCAUGCUCUAAAGAUGAGAUGCGAGGGCAGCAAUAUUAUCGUCAAUCACAGCCUUCCACAGCCAGGGAGGCAGAGUUGUUGAGUGAAACUAGUUUCCCUGACUGAUCAGCCCCCGCCUUUUUAUCGAGGACUGUCCGACUGUCCAACCACUGUCUUCCCCCUUUUUUCCUGUUACUUCUUAGACCCUAAAUUUGUCCUCUUUUAGAAUAAUCCCCCUUUUCUUCAGAUGCACCUUAAAAGUUUCAAUGGGAAACUAGAUAAAUUGUCUUCUCCUAUUUUUCCUACCUUCUGAGCCUUUUCUGUAAAUAUGGACUGUUUAAGGAUACGUGAUCUGACCUAUUUAAGAGAGGAGGUGACCUCCAUUUCUGCUCCUCACCCACAAGCCCACAAACGCUCAUUUAUUGGCUGAAAGUUAACAAUGUGCCAAAAAACAUUGUGGUUUUGUUGUGCUGAUUUAUGAGUUCUUUAUAUCCUAUGACCUCUGGGUUUUGGUUUUCUUUUCCCUCUCGUUUUUCUUUUUGGUAAAUGGAUUAUUUUGCUUUUGUUUUGUUUGUUGUGACUGUACUUUAACUGAAACAUGUCUUUUUUCCCUUUUGAAUUGCAGACCAAAUGUUAAAAGUACCCCACCAGAGAAAAGGGAGCAGUACUUGUAGUUUGGGAGAGUCUUCUGGCACUACAAAGGUUUAGAUUCUGUCAACCCUCUCACAGAGGAAUUCAAAACAGACAAACAGACAUGAUUAAAGACAGACACAUGAAAAGUAACCUUACAGUAUGAAGUAUAAUAUCUGCCAAUGUAAAAUCGGAUUGGGACUGAGAAACAGUACUAUGGAUGACACUGGAACUGAUCUCGAAUCCUUGUCUUGUCUGUUUUGUUGACUUUGGGAGAGACAUCCAUUCAGGGUAUGUUUUCUAUAACAUUGUUAAAAUGCCCAGGUGUAUAUACCAUCUUCUUCUUCUUUUUUUACUACAUAUAUUAUGUCCUACUGCAGUGCCUUAUAACAAAUUUGUUUUUUUUGACUUCAAGGAUUCAUUAAAGUCUCCCAUCCUGUCCAAUGGAUGAGUCCAUAGGUUCUCUGCCAGCAUUCUCUGUCUUUUUCUAUUGUUGCAAUUCUAAAACUGAAUGUGAAGCUAUGUUAGGGUACCACUUAAAACCACAAACACACAACAGAACGUACACAUGGUGCCACUGUUUGUAAGAUGCUGUGUGCCAGCUUCCACUGUAGCCUGGAUUGAGGAUAUACCCCGUAGGUUUGUUUUGUUUUCUUUUACUAUGCCAAUAGGAUUUUGUGUGAAUGGCAGUCGUUGUCUUAUUGACUCUUAAGAUGUACUGUACUGAGUGCUGUCUCCUGUACUAAGGAACACCAGUCUGCUGAGUGUUCAAAUGCCCCUCUGAUGCCUGCAUUUAUUUACCAUGCUAUUCUUUUCUCUAAUAUUUACCUCCUCGAUGUUGUGUAUCAUCUCAUUACAGUAUACCCCUGUCUGUUUCUUUUAGA